AUGAAAUCUGAGCCUCAGCCCUCCCUCCAGCAGACACAUGACCCCACCGUCCUCACUACUGUCCUGCUUUGUGCUGUGGACACGCCGGCCCCCUGUCCCUGGUUCUCCCUCAGCCUCAGCCUCAGCCUCUAUCCUCCCUCCAGCAGCAGACACAUGACCCCACUGGGUAAAGAAAUGGUCCUUUCAGGUGUAGAGGAGUUGAUCACAGCAAGUGAAAAAGUUGACGUGCUUGAAUCAAGUAUGCACUCGUUGGCAAUUUCUGAAAAACAUGAUGACGACCUAGAGGCUGCUAAUGAUUUGCAGAAUAGUAUGAUUGAGAUGGAGGAAGCUGUUUGCUGGGAAGAUGACGACUCUGAUGAGGAUUAUGUUCCUUUCCUCUAUCUACGAUCUACUGGAGCUUCAAGGGCAGAAAUUGACAAGCUUCCUGAAAUACACAUAGAUGAGGCUGUGCUGGAUGUAGAGGAGGUUGAGACUGUAGAGGACCUCGUAGGAAAGGAAGCGAGCAUCUGCUACAAUGACAACUUGCUCUCUCUUGCAAGGUACAUGCAGUUGCCUUUGCACUUGGUGAUGGCAGAAUGGACUCCCCUGGCCACUGUGCACAAUUUUGUACAUACACCAUGA